AUGCGGCCGGGCUUCGGCCCCGCGCGCCUCAGAGUGCGGGCGCCUGCGCUCCCCUGGCCCCUAUUUGACCGUCCCUCGCCUCGCCCAGCCCCCUCCCGGCUGGCUGGGCCCCCGCCCGGGAAGGGGCGCCCCCUCGCUCCCGCAGCCGGGAAGGAAGUCCUUCCGCGGCCGCCGAGCCCGGCAACUUGCGAACGGGGAAAAGUUUGCGGCGCCUCCGCGGGGCGGCGCGGCGCCGCCCGCCCCUGGCGUUCGCGGUCACAGCCGGUGACUUUCUGGACUAGUCGUCAGUCCGGGCCGCGGCGCGCCAGGCGGCCACUGCGGGGAGGGCCAGAGUCCGUCCGAGGGCGCCCGCGCGCCCGGGGCUGCGGGAACUAACAAAUCCGUGAUAAAAGACCUUCGGCUGAACCCUGCCCAGCCCCUAACCUUUGCAACAAACACUGGGUAAAACCUGGAGCCUGACAAGCUAAGGAAGAAGGUGGCUCCCUUCUGAAGGGAAAACUGAAAUGUGAAUCCAGGCACUACCUGUGGCCAUGAGUCACCUUGUAGAAGAAGCCGGAACGAAUCAAGGAUGCAAGAUGGAGAAACAGAAAGGCUUUGAUUUGGGUCCCAGCGUACUACGCCUGAGGACGGGCACCCAUCUUCCAUUCUAGGAGCACUCACACAGCAGCAUCUUUUCUUUAUGCUUACCUUCAGAAACGCUGGGUUUCUGUCCCAAGCAGGCAAAAAGAGUCUAGUAAUACAAAAAACAAAAGACACCACUACUUCCUAUGUCUUCAUUAUUGUGGAAGUUGCUAGUUGACUCAACAAAUGUCGUUAGACGUCUCCUCUGUGCCAGACCUCGGACAGACCAGACCGAAGGCCAGGCUCUCAUGGAACUGACAGGCUUGUGCUCUGAUGGCUGGAAUUAAUUGCAAAUGUAAAUUGUAUGCUUCUACCACACUAACACUUAAUACCAUAAUAUACUUGUUUCCAUUAUGCAUGAAUGGUUAAUGGGUCCAACAUGCACAUCAAAGGAAGUUAGAAUGUUUUCAAGGGAGUAGCCAUAAGCCUGUCCAAUGCCAGUGAGUGUAACAGCGCCUAAAUCACAGCUCUGUGCCAUUGUCAAAUUUAGAAUUCAGUGUUGGAAGAACUCUGACUGAGUAAGUGAGGCAAUGUCUUCUGUUAGCCCAAUAUAAAGAUACAAAGAGUCCUCGUUUGGCUUGGUGAUUGCUCAUUGAGAACGCUUGUAAAAUUUCAGAACUGAAAGGGGCCCACUUGUAGGGAAAAUAAAGCACAAGGAAAUUAAGCCAUUCACACUCUGUCAGCUGAACUGGGAGUGCCCGCAGAUCUCAGCCAGAUGUCAAGAUACCUGGGAGGCCACAAUCGUUUGGAAGUGUAUCACAAUCGUUUGUUGCUACUAAUAAAAUAGUGACAUUUGGA